AUGCUCAAUUAUUCAAAAGAAAUCAACCGUCGGCAGCUAAACCUUACCAUCUGGAUUGCGUGUCGAGCAGAAGGAUCCUUAAAGAUCUUCAUUUCUGCUCCACAUUGGCUGAUUAACAAAACAGGGUUGCCGCUGAUCUUCAGACAGGACAAUGCCGAGACAGAUGCUGCAGGCCAGUUUGAGGAGCAUGAGCUGGCCUGGAGCCUGAGUCCUCUCUUAUUCUGCUAUGCUGACAAAGAGCAGCCAAAGCUCUGCACAAUGAGAAUCGGAAGGGGGAUUCAUCCAGAAGGCAUGCCGGGCUGGUGUCAGGGCUUCUCCCUGGAUGGUGGUAGUGGUGUCCGAGCUUUGAAAGUCAUCCAGCAAGGAAACUGCCCGUGGCUGAUCUAUAACAUUGGUAUUGAUGUCAAGAAAGGCCGAGGUCGACACAUUGAUACCUGCAGGGUCAUCUUUGUCCCCCGUUACCUGUUAGAUAAUAAGUCAUCUCACAAGCUUGCAUUUGCACAGAGAGAAUUUGCCAGGGGACAGGGAACAGCCAAUCCUGAAGGUUACCUUUCCACCCUUCCUGGUUCCAGUACGGUGUUCCACUGGCCUCGGAAUGACUGUGAUCAGCUAUUGUGCGUCAGACUGAUGGAUGUUCCCAAUUGUAUUUGGUCUGGAGGCCUUGAAGUCAACAAGAAUGAUUCCUUCCAUAUCAACACGAGGGAUACCUUGGGAAAAUGCUUCUUCCUGCGAGUGGAAAUUACUCUCCGAGGAGCUACGUAUAGAAUCUCAUGUAGUGACACAGAUCAGUUACCUCCUCCUUUCCGAAUUGACAGCUUUUCUAAGGUCCGGGUUGUCUUUCCUCAGCAUGGUGUAGCUGAACCCAGGCUCUGGACUGAAGUGAAGCCCAUAGCUUCAUUGGAUUAUGCCUGGGACGAACCCACCUUGCCACCUUUUAUCACUCUGACUGUUUAAGGGGCAAGGUCCUCCGAGAUCAACUGCAACAUGAAAGAUUUCCAGGAUAAUCGGCAGCUUUAUUAUGAGAAUUUCAUUUAUAUUGCUGCUACAUAAACAUUCUCUGGUUUGCAGGGCGGAACAGGCAGGCCUGUGGCUUCCAACAAGGCCAUUACCUGUGCGGAGCUGGUCUUGGAUGUCUGACCUAAGACACAAAGAGUCAUUUUAAAGAAGAAGGAACCAGGAAAGCGUCCUCAGCUAUGGAGGAUGACAGGAGCAGGAAUGCUGGCCCAUGAGGGCUCUUCAGUUCCUCACAACCCCAAUAAGCCCUCAGCCGCCCGCUCCACCAAGGGGUCUGCCCUCUUAGAUAUUGCUGGUCUCGCUGCAGUGACGGACAACAGACAUGAGCCGCUGGUGCUAAGAAAGCCUGACGGUAGGCGAAGUACAACUCAGUCUUGGAGUUUCCCAGAAGGAAAACUGACGUGUGGGUUACAUGGGUUGGUCGUCCAGGCCAAAGGAGGACUUUCUGGUUUGUUUGAUGGCGCUGAAGUUGUUCUGGGUCCUGACACUUCCAUGGAGCUUUUGGGGCCAGUUCCACCUGAACAACAAUUUAUUAAUCAAAAAAUGAGACCUGGUUCUGGAACGUUAUCCAUCAGAGUCAUCCCAGAUGGACCAACUAGAGCACUCCAGAUUACAGAUUUCUGCCAACGGAAAAGUGACCGUUCAUAUGAAGUGGAUGAACUUCCUGUCACCGAACAAGAGCUGCAAAAAUUAAAGAAUCCAGAUACAGAACAGGAAUUGGAAAUGCUUGUGAGGUUAGAAGGUGGAAUAGGGUUGUCCUUAAAAGUCCCAGAAGAACUGGUCUUUGCAAGUCUUACGGGAAUCAAUGUGCACUAUGCACAGCUGGCAACCAGUCACAUGCUUGAACUCAGCAUACAGGACGUACAGGUGGACAAUCAGCUCAUCGGCACCACACAGCCCUUCAUGCUCUAUGUGACUCCCCUGGGCAAUGAGAAUGAGGUCAUCGAGACUGGACCAGCCGUGCAAGUCAAGGCAGCGAAGUUCCUCAGUAAGAGUGCGCUGACCAACAUCUACAAGCAUCUGAUGAUCACAGCUCAGAGAUUCACAGUGCAAAUUGAGGAGAAACUGCUCCUCAAGCUGCUAAGUUUCUUUGGCUACGAUCAAGCAGAAUCAGAGGUUGAAAAAUAUCUUGAAAACCUCCUUGAAAAGACAGUCGAGCAAGGUGGAACAUCAGUUCGAUACUACUUUGAAAAUCUCAAAAUCAGCAUUCCUCAGAUCACUAGUGUGUUCACCCCCAACAAGCUGCCACUGGAUCUUAAGGCCCUAAAAAGCACCUUGGGAUUUCCUUUGAUACGGUUUGAAGACGUUGUGAUUAAUCUAGAUCCAUUCACUCGGGUACAUCCCUAUGAGACCAAGGAGUUCAUCAUCCAUGAUAUCCUCAAACAUUUCCAGGAGGAACUCCUCAGCCAGGCAGCUCGAAUCCUGGGAUCAGUGGAUUUUCUUGGCAAUCCUACGGGGCUUUUGAAUAAGGUUUCCGAAGGGGUUACUAGACUGAUAAAGUAUGGAAAUUUUGGGGGCCUCAUCAGAAAUGUUACACACGGAGUAUCAAACUCUGCAGCCAAGUCUGAGGACUUACCAGAGGGCUUAGGGAAGACGAUGGACAUUCUGCAUCAGUCAGAGCGGGAGUACAUCAGGUACCACGCAGCCACAAGUGAGGAACACCUCGUAGCCGGCAUCCACGGCCUGGCUCACGGUAUCGUUGGUGGAUUGACCAGUGUUAUAACUUCAACAGUGGAAGGUGUGAAAACAGAAGGGGGUGUCAGCGGUUUCAUAUCUGGCCUUGGAAAAGGGCUUGUUGGCACUGUAGCCAAGCCAGUGGCAGGCGCCCUGCAUUUUGCAUCAGAAACAGCCCAGGCGGUGAGAGACACAGCCACACUCAGUGGCCCCAGGACUCAAGCACAAAGGGUUCGGAAGCCGCGGUGCUGCGCAGGGCCCCGGGGGCUGCUUCCCCGAUGUUCAGAGAGCCAGGCAGAAGGACAGGAGCAGCUCUUCAAACUCACGGACCACACGGAGGGCGAAUUCUUCAUCGGUGAGAACACUGACAGCUACUGCGUGCUCAUCUCCUCCAAAGCGGUUUACUUCCUGAAAAGGGGAGACUACGUGGACCGGGAAGCCAUCUUCCUAGAUGUCAGAUACGAUGACCUUUACCACUGCCUUGUCUCCAAAGACCAUGGGAAAGUGUACGUGCAGGUGACCAAGAAGGCCGUGAGCGCGAGCAGUGGCGUGUCCAUCGCAGGCCCUUCCCACCAGAAGCCGACGGUCCACGUGAAAUCUGAGGUCCUCGCUGUCAAGUUGUCACAAGAAAUAAACUACGCGAAGAGCCUCUGCUAUGAACAGCAGCUGAUGUUGAGACUCGGCGAAAACCGGGAGCAGCUGGAGCUGGACUCCUGAAGCCCCUGCGGCCCCGACCGCGGCCAGACCCCGGAGGACAGAGGCCGCCCUCGGGGCUUACGCUAGAGGCGGAGCCAGAGUCGGCUUUAGGGAAGUUGUCAAGGAAUGAGGGAAAGUCAAUGCUCAUGAGGAAAAAUACAAAUGCAAAUCAUAUUAAUUUGUGAGGCAGGGAGUUAUUUUAGAUUGUGGGAAGUAAUUUUUAAAGGUAUUGGUUAAAUAACAUUUAAAAACAUGUACUGAGACGAAUCUAAUUUUUAGAUUGCCCUGUAUUUUGUUAACACGUAUAUAUGUACAACUGUGUUUUUGUAAACGUAUAGGCACAUUUCUGAACAGUGCCUGUGCUGUGUGUCAAGGCUUGUUAACUGUAAAGUAAUAUAAAAUUAUAUUGGAUCUUCUAUUGCACUAAUUCUACAUGUCUAAUUCAGGACACUGUCUAUAGAAAGUCAUUCUUAAAAGUUAAAAAAAAAAAAAAGAAAUCAACUGACUUUUGUGUAUUAACAUUAUAUUCUACAACCUUACUAUAACCAUAUGUUAGUUCCACAAAUGGUUUGGUUGAUUUUGGGGGAUUUUUUACAUAACCAAUCAUGCCAUCUGUGAGCAGAGAGUCUUAUUUCUGUCUUCCAAUUCUGCUUAACUUUUACGUUUGUUUCAUGUUUUAUUGCAUUAGCUAGGACCCUCAGGAGGAUGCUGAGUAAGAGAGGUGAGAGCAGGCAUUCUUGCCUUGUUUUUCACCUUACCAGGAAAGCAUCUAAUUUCUCACCAGGGAACGUGAUGUUAGCUGUAGGUUUCCUAGAGAUGUUCUUUGUCACUUUGAGGAAGCUUCCCUCUAAUUUGCUGAGAGUUAUUA